AGCACGAGGAAUGAUGAUUGGGUUAGGUUAAGAAUAUCAGCGUAUGCCAAUCGGAGGCAGGGUAGAGGCAGGUCCUCGCGAGUGGGAAAAAUAAAUAACACGGCAUGAUUCUUUUUUUCCCCCCAAGUAGGAAGCAGGCGAAGUAUAUACGAGCACCCGCUGGAUCUGAACAGGGUUUUUUGUUGGUCCGACUCUUCGAUUGUGUGAUCCAGGAGAGGACCUGGGGUAAAGCUGGUGGAGAGUAACAUCCGUGUCCUCAAAACCAUCAGUGGCAGAUAAAGAGUAUGUGUGACUAAUGACUGUAUUCUGCUGUAUUAUUUCCACUUGUCAUACGGCAAAAGAAGGCUCGUUUAUCACUGAGAAGUUGCUGUGAGAUGGUGCCUCGCUGUUUCCAUGUCUGAUUAAACAUUGUGGCGGAAGUAAAGUGUCUUUUAAGAGUCUUGAAAAAAUCAGACUGUGGAUUUUUUGCGUUUGGCUAACGGGGAUCCUCUAGCGGAGAGAUGAGCUUGUGUGUACUGGAGGAGGAGACCUUUCGUCACUGCUGUCGGCUCAUCCUGCAGCAGUCAGAGCAGCUGAGAGAUGGCUGGAGCUGGGAAUCUGUCCAGGGUUCACAGGAGGGCUACCUAAGGAAGACUGCUCUCAGGUCAGCUGUCAUUAAUUCAAGCCCAGUGGGGGACCAGGUAGAAUCCAGUUCAGAGUCAGGGCCCCAAACGUCCUGUCAGUCCUGGCCUGAUCUGCAGCAACAUAAAAAGGAACAGUCUGUUCUUGUUGCCUCAGCUGGUGCUGACAGCAUCCAAGGUGACAUAGAUGAUGAAGAUGAUGAUGCAGAUGAGGGGGUCUGUACGGUGUCUGAGGGUAGCAGCCAGGUGCUCCAGUAUGAGUAUCACAUCCUGUACUCAUGCAGCUACAGUACUCCUGUUCUCUAUUUCAGAGCCUUCACUCUGGAGGGGAGGAGCCUGUCAUUACAGGAGGUGUGGAGCUCUGUUCAUUCAAACUUCAGUUUUCGACUUCAGAACAGUCCUCUCAAUACAAUCACUCAGCAGGAGCAUCCACUGCUGGGUCAGCCUUUUUUUAUGCUCCAUCCCUGUAGAACAGAGGAGUUCAUGAGGCCUGUGCUGCAGGUGGCUCAGGACCAUAACAGGCCAGUGAACUACGUGUUGACAUGGCUCAGCGUGGUCGGUCCCAUGGUGGGUCUGGAUGUCCCUCUGAUGUACACUACCUCCCACUACUAGCUCCAUCUUGCAGCCUCAUUCAGCAGCACCAAACCAGACUGAGCCUGCAUGUGCUCUGCUUCUCUCUGUCAGCAUUACUGUGGGGUCUCUGCAUUCUUGAGUAUCAAAUAGGCAAAUAGGGCAACUGCCCCAGUCCCCAGACCUUCAGAGGACCCAUCCAUCCAUUAUCUAUACCGCUUAUUUGUUAAUGGUCACGGGGGCUGGAACCUAUCCUAGCUGACCAUUGGGUGAGAGGCAGGGUACACCCUGGACAGAUUGCCAGUCCAUCAUAGGGCCAACAUAUAUCGACAAACAACUGUUCACACUCACAUUCACACCUACAAGCAAUUUAGAGUCACCAGUUAACAUGCAUGUCUUUGGACUGUGGAAGGAAGCUGGAGUACCUGGAGAGAACCCACGCAGGCACAGGGAGAACAUGGAAACUCCACACAGAAAAGCCCCAGCACCCGGGCUCAAACCCAGAACCUUCUUGCGACAGUGCACCACUCUGUGCUGCUCAGAGGAUCCAGUUUUUGUUAAUUUAAUUGCAAAUGUAUUUGACAAUAAUUGAAAACACAGUAAAAACUGAAAUAGUAAUAAUGGCCUUGCAGAGGUUCAGCAUUUUUGCCUGAUCUUGAGGCCAUGUUUUUCAGAAGGCCCCUGUGUCAAAACCUCAUUUUAAUUUUAUUAUUCCUGCCAAUAAAACAUACAUGGUGCAUUUUGUAAAACAAAUUAGUAUUUAAUGAAAUCAUUACCAACAUAAAGCAAAACUACUGCAGGAUGUGUUUAGUGGAUGUUAGUAAUACGUCUCCAUUUGGAGCUUUUAAAGACAUUGAGAAAUGUUAGCAUGAUGCUAAAUGUGUCUAUUUUAUUUACUUAAUGUAAACUGAAAACAUCUGACAAUAAAUUAUUUUUACCACA